AGAAUUCUUAUAAAAUUAUCGCCCAAGUCGCUACCACUAUUUCGUACAUUUCUUCGCACUUGCACCUUUUUGCCAUGCCUGCUACGUAUACUGAAACGAAGUGUGAGGGUAUGCAUCUUGCGUCGUUGUUACUGAGUACUUUUCUUUCCGCGCUGUUGUCCUGGUGUUGGCGCUUACGCUCAUCGCAAGGGCUGCGAGUCCACUGCCUCAGCUAUUCCACGCAUAGCAAAAGAGAGCUAUUCAGAAUCUCUAGCCAAUCAGUGUUCUACAGCCUUCACCGGAUGAGAUCUGCGCUGCACGACCGUACUUGUACGAAAGAGAGAUCUUCAGAAUCUCUAGCCAUUCAGUGUUGCACAAUCUGAAAAAAAAUUGUGUGUAGCCAAGGACUUGGUGCGGCUGCGGGCAGUAGAAAUUCAAAUUAAGAUAAAUAAUUGUGGAAAUGGAGGCGGAUGGUCUUGAAGAGGAAGAUGCCAUUCGUUUGUUGACUGCCUUCAAUUUUGACUGCACGGGCGCGCUGGCGUUCAUCCGGCCCGUGGAGCGGGACGUCACCUCGUCGAGUGCGGUGACGGACGACGCCAUCGUGCAGGACUGGCAGCUGCUGGACAUCACGUGCAAGGACAAGAUCAGCCGCGUGGCAGUGCCCUACACAUACACAGCCGGCCAGCUAAAACACCGCCUGCUGCACUGGUUUGGCGAUAAGCUGUCGAUAGUCAGCGGCAAAGUGGAGGAACUGAACGUGAUUGGCCUGCCUCGCCGAAGUGCAGCCGGCAUAGAGCCGCUCUGCCACCUUCAACUCACCUACCCCGUGCACCAUCUGGAGGUGUCGAAGAAAUCUUCGGCAGCGGCCGUUCGGUCAUCAUCACCAUCGUCAUCAUCAGCAGCAACAGCAACGACAAACGCGUCCACCGGCACAGCCACCAACGCCACCGACUUCGCCAGAGCAGAUGCCGUACUAGCUGGUGCAGGGAGCAGAAGUCGACUGGCAGGUGGCACCAGCACCGCAAGAAUCCCUGCUCCGCUUGCCCUGGCAUCAGGAUACACGCCGCUCGCUACUAACGGGCUUGCGACGUCCGCAGCAUUCACCUCCAUGUCUGCGUACGCAACGGGUGUAGAAACGCCGCCGAUGCCCCAUGCAGCGGCGCGCAUGUCUCCGCCGAAGGCUCGUCGUCGUCGGCAACCGGACAUGCAUCCAAUCUCGAUCGACGACUCGGACAACUCCGUGGACGACGACCUGGAGCCGCCCAGGCCGAAGAAGGACCAAAGUAGGCGGAAAGCACCUAUUGUGGUACCAAGUGACGAGGAAGACACGCCAUCAUUUGCCACCGCAGGCACCAGCACCAGCACAAGCACUACUGCUAAUGGCGAUAGACAACGGGCCGAGAAUAACGGCGGUACGGACGACUUUAAGAACGGCGAUCCCCAGAGCGACGCUGAUUGGGAAGAUGAUGAUGAUGAGGAGUUUGAGGAUGCGCUCGACUAUUCUCCCGAGCUCGAUAUGGAUAUGGCCCUGGUUAAUGCCCCUGCUUCCAAAGGAUCCAUGAUUCCACAGUCGGUCUCCGACGGUGCCGAAGGAACACUGGCCUUCAUGACGAGCUUCAACGAUCGUUUUGGUGAGGUUCAUCCGGAUUUCUUCAUCGGCCCGCUAAAUGAAGCAAUACAGACGGCGUUUACUGGACCUCCGAAGGAUCGCCGUCUCCUUGCCGUGUACGUUCACCAUGAUGAGUCGAUUACGGCCAAUGUCUUCUGCAGUCAAGUACUUUGCUCCAUGUCCUUCAUCAACUACCUGAGUUCAAGCUGUAUCACGUGGCCAUGGGAUGUCACUUACGACAGUCAACGGGCCAAUUUGCUGACGGCCAUCAGUCGUAACCUGGGAGACGAGGCAUCGCAGGCGCUACGUUUCUCCAACCGCGACUCCUUUCCCACCCUGGUGCUGAUCAUGCAGACGGGCUUAUCGGUGACCUCGCUGGAAGUGGCAUCCAUUAUCCCCGGGCAAACACCCUUGGACCAGGCAGUUGGGAUGCUUAUGUCUGCUAUUGACGAGUUCAGCAUGAGCAAAGAGGCUCUUGCCAAGGAACAUGCUGAACUGGAAGGACGACGGCAGAUCAUCCAACAGCAGGAGGAAGAGUUCCAGGCAUCCUUGCAGGCCGACCGCGAAAAGGCCCGUCAGCAGGAAGCAGAGUUCGCCAAGGAACGGCUGGAGGAAGAGAAGAGGCAGAAGGACCAGCUGGCCCUUCAAGAGGCUGAGCAAAACAAAGAGCUUCUGCGCCAGGCCAUCGAGGCCAGUCUCCCCGAGGAGCCGAGCGCAUCAGCAAGCGGCGUCUACACCAUUGGUUUCCGUGUACCCGGCGGCGAUAAGCUGAUGAGGCGAUUCCUAGCCACCGACAGUAUCGAGCUUCUUUUCUCGUUUGCAGCGUCGAAGGGCUUUGAUCAGAGCGAGUACUCUAUACUAACCACAUUUCCUCGCAAGGACCUGACAUCACUGACUGAUCCUGGCCACACCACGCUGCAAGAAGCCGGGCUGAAGGCGCGUGAGAUGCUGCUACUGGAGGAGAAGUACAGCUCUGACUCCGAAGAAGAUGGUUGAGCUCAUCCUGCUCGUUGUAGUCCCAACGGACGUAUUGGCUGGCAGAGGGUACUCUUUCUUGUUAUGCACAAUGUUCCGCUGGGCAAGCUGUGGUGGUGGCUUUUGUUGAGAUGAUGUUGUGGUGGUAUCCGUGCUGUCGUCGGUUUGCUCACGGCUGUUGCUAUUGUGGAUGUUGCCGUCUUCUGUGUGUGUGUGUUUGUGUGUGUGUGUGUGUUAUGAUGACGAUGCUGUCAGCAGAGUGUUUAACAACUAGUGCUGCUGCUGUUGUUGUUCCAGGGCGUGUGUGUGUAUGUACGUGCGUGGCUGGUUGUUAGUGACUCAUAGAACUGUGUGUGUGUAUGUAGGUGUGUGUGUGGUGCGUACGUGUGUGUGCGUGCGUGUGCCGGUGAUGACGGCAGUGUUGGUGUGGCGAGCGCCGUUCCCGUCUUGUUGGUGUUGCGUUUGUCUCUGGCUGUGUGUCCGACGCUGGCUCCAAUAGUCAGUCCACGUUUCUUCUUCUGCUGCUCAGCUCUGAUUUGGUGUGUGCCACCGGUGUUGCUGUGUGCUCGUUGCCUUGUCGCCUACCUCUCUGGUACUAGUACAGUCAUGUAGCUUGCUUGCUGUUACUGUAAACACAUUGUUGGCUGGAGCGUGGAGGACCGGAACACAAUAAACACCAUCACCAUUCUCAUCAUUUGUAUCCUGACUCGUCUCGUCGCCAUCAUCAUCGUUGUGGUCUUGCCGCCUCUCUAUGUUGCCGUUCUGUCGUUUCCCCACUCUGUCAGCGUGCGUCUUGCCAGGCUGUGUGGCCUACAUCGUCAGUGUGAUGUCUGUCGCUGUAUGGGUGUCGUUGCGACCAGUCCUGUCUGUUUCCCGUUGUCCAAGAGAUUCAUUCUCCAACGCGUCUUGUUGUGUCGUUUUUGAGCUUCGUUCCAGACUCGCAGUGCCGUGUCGUGGAAUGCCACAGUCGGAACUCUCACCGCUGUCAUCACGGAGACGCAGAGUCGUGUCUGCCGAGUACUCCGUUAGCCGAGCGGUGUGUACAUGUGAAAUAAAAUCUGUGCGUCUCGUUCACUCUUGCAUAGUUUGUAAACACGUAUUCUGACCUAUUCGAGCUGCCAGUAUCCGUCCUGACUAUCCACGAUUAUAAGUUAUUUUCGACGCUUUUUUCGGCGCAUGGCUGCUGCUGGGGGUAUGUCCAUGGCAAACUGCAGCGGGUACAUCCGUCUCUUGUGUGCGCAUCCGCAGAGGUGAGCGGCUGCGUAUCCGUCUGUUCUUGCCGGCGGCUUGGACUGGCACCUACCAUCACGCGGUCCAAGCGGCGGCCGCUACUGGCAUUCACCGUCUUCUGAUGUUUAUCCAGCUAUUUGUCGGGCGUGAAGCCCGAACCAGCGGUCACCGCAACUUGCUCAGCGCCGGAAAAAAAAGGUUUUCGUGUAUUCCGAGUCUGCCCCCCACGUGUUCAGUGGACCAUGUUGACUUCUGCGUGCAUGGCGUGUACGUGUGCGAUCUACUUAAAAAAAAAAAAGAUGUGCGGAGUGUGAUGACAGCCUGCCCCCCCCCCCCCCCCCCCACAUACUGAUAAGGCAUGCUAUCAUCAUCUGUGUUUAUCCACCUCACAUUGAAAAGACAACCGUGUGGCGCAGAGCUGCAGGGUUUCCGCCGUUCCUAACCCUAAAAAAUGUAGACGUUCUUUCUCGGUUCUAUCGGACAAACACCACAUCCAAUCCAUUUCAAGUAUCUGCUGUGUGCCCCCGAUUCAUUUGCUUUUGUGUCUUCAAUUCUCUCUCUCUCUCUCUCUCUCUCUCUCUCUCUCUCUCUCUCUCUCUCUCUCUCUCUCUCUCUCUCUCUCUCUCUCUCUCUCUCUCUCUCUCUCUCUCUCUCUCUCUCUCUCUCUCUCUCUCUCUCUCUCUCUCUCUCUCUCUCUCUCUCUCUCUCUCCGAUACAAUUGUCUUGGGCUGGUUUGCUUUCGUUCAUCUGCCACACGUCUCGAAUAGCAGACGCUCAUGUGUUGCCAUGUACAUAACAUUCGCAUUCGCCGUGUCCUGUUCGCGAUGUCUUGUGCCCCACAAGCUGGAACUGGACUCUCUUCAGCUGUUGGGACCAACAUGGUUUCACGCGAAGAGCUAGGCAUGCUUCUGCUCUCCCAGGGCUGUAUGUGCCUGAUUGAGCGGCUCAUUCUAUGCUCACUCUCUCAACACAGUCAUUCUGCAACGUUAACGUGUCACAUGAAUUAACUGUGUUGGCCUCUUUUUUAACAUACAAUAAUAUACGUCAUACUUUCAUAUACUCUGCCUGUUAUAACCGGUCAACUUUUUUUUUUAAAUCUCUUUUCAGUUUAUUUGCUGCGUGGUCGCCUUA